AUGGCGCCGCCGCCGGAGGAGGAGAAGCCGCUGCCGCGGCCAGAGCCAGAGCCAAAGCCGCCGAAGCCCAAGCCGAAGGUGCCGGAGCCGCCGAAGCCCAAGCCGGCGGGGCCGUUGCCUGAGCGGGACGGGGACGGGGACCCCGCCGUCGUCGUCGCCACCACGUCCCCGCCGGCGGACCUCUUCUGCGCCGACACCUGCUCCGGCGCAUGCGCUUACUUACCGCACUGCCAGCGGUCGCCCCCGCCGUCGUCGCGCGGGACCACCUUGCACCUGCGCUCGAGCCGGCUCCCCACCCCGCUCAUCGCGCUCUCGGCGUCGCUCCUCGCCGUCUCCGCGGUCCUCCUGCUCGUGCUGCUCGUCCACCGCCUCGUGGCGCAGCGGCGCAGGCGGCGGCGGGCGCGGGACGCGGCGCUGGCGCUGGCUCACCACGGCGAGGAGGGAGGAGGGGGCCACCAGGUGCUGGCUGGCGCGGUGGCGCAGGAGGUGGGGGAGGAGGAGGCCGACGGCGGCGGCGGCGUGCACCACGUGUGGUACAUACGGACCAAGGGCCUCGACGAGCGCGCCAUCGCGGCCAUCGCCGCGGUGGUGUACGACGCCAAGCAGCGCCGGGGCAGUGGCGGAGGGGGCACCAACGGCGACGACGGGGACGGGGACGACGGCAGCUGCGCGGUGUGCCUCGCGGAGUUCCGGGACGGCGAGACGCUGCGCCUGCUGCCGCGGUGCGGCCACGCGUUCCACCGCGGGUGCAUCGACACCUGGCUCCGCGCCCACGUCAACUGCCCGCUCUGCCGCGCGCCCGUCCAGGUCGCCCUCGCCGCCUCCGCCAACAAUCCCUAG